GCCCUGAAGUCUCAAAAGCUCAACCCUAGCACACGCCGCGUCCGCAAGCUCAGAGAGGAGCGUUCUGUUGGUGCCCCGUUUCCGCGUGUUAACGGAGCGCCGCGUGGGACUCCCAUGCUUGGGGCGACAAAGCGCACGUCACGUCAACUCAUCUCCGCGUCAACUCCCCCCUCCUCCUCCCCCCCCUCUCCCUGGAAAUAAGGAAACCCUAGUCCGCACCGCAUAUUACCCCUACUGGAAAACUGUCUUCCCACGCUUCUCAUCAUCUCCCGGUCUCGCAUUCGUUUAGCGAUUAUUCCCACGUUUCUGCUAGGCGACAUCAUCAUCAGCUGGUAUCUCGAACGUAGCUAUCAGCGUGCCUCGCGCCGUACAUCUUCUAGAGCUACUAGUUCUGCAUCGGUGCGUGUAGAAUCGUCAUACCCAUCCCUUUUGCCCCUCAACCUGCGGCUCUUUCGAGCUUGAUUGAGAUCGGAUAUUAUUCUCAGUCGCCAUCAUGGCGCUGCCACUGGAAACGCCUACGAUUCGCCUACCCGUCUACAAAUCCCUCGCCGAUUGCGCCGCUGCCGCGGGAGCCGGCGCGCCGGGGUCCCCCGGAAGGUCCGCCAAGCCUGCGCGCGGAAGCCCUGGACAGUCGAGAUUCACGCCGCGAUUCGUGGUGGGGAAGGUGCUCGGCGAGGGGAGCUACGGCGUGGUCGAGCUGUGCCACGAACGGUACACGAUCACGCCACGUGGCACCAAGAUCUACGCGUGCCCGGCGGAAAACGCGGAGGACGCCGCGACGCGUGCCAAUCCGUCUCAAACCGCGGCCGAUGAUUGCUUGCCUAGCGUCACGCAAGGAAGGUGUUUCGGAACCUUCGCGUGUAAAACGGUGCACAAAACGACGUGUGACAGUAACGAGCUGCAUGACCCGCGAGUCGCUGCGAUGUGGCGGGAGAUUAAGGUUAUGAAACACCUGGGUAAACACCCUAACAUCGUGGAAAUGAAGGGGGUAUACAACAACAACGAGCGGCUGCGACUGGUGAUGGAGCUGUGCGACGGCGGCGACCUACUGUCGCUGCUGAAGGAGAAGAAAUACAGCGUCGCACAGGUGCGUCGCCAGCAGCAGCAGGGGCGUAGCCAGCAGCAGCAGCUGAGUCGCCAGCUGCAGCAGCAGCGUGAGCAGCAGCAGCAUCGAUCCGUAUGGGGUCAGCUUUCUCAUCUCGGUACCCACAAGCAUCACCAUCACCAUCUCUUUCACCAUCCUGACACUGCGGCUCCUAUCAGCAGCAGCAACAGCAGCGGAAUCAGUGUCAGCAGCAUCAGCGUCGGUAAUCUCCAUGCGCGCGUGGAUCACGAUGGACUCCCUGAGCCACUUGCAGCUGACAUCUUUCGGCAGCUAGUGACUGCCGUGGCGCACUGCCACUCACACGGCGUCAUCCAUCGCGACAUCAAGCUGGAAAACAUCCUGCUGACGUCAGUGGCGCCACAUCAGCUGCAGGUUACCAGAUCUGGUGACUGUUCGCCUGCACGAGGCACAGAACGGUAUUCUGCCGCUGACAGUGGCAGUGCCACAUGUCCUUCCACAGUGAAGCUUGCCGAUUUCGGGCUGGCGAAAAUUCUCAAGCCACCCGAGAAUCAGGCCAUUGGGGACACUGGCAGUAGGCUGUACAAGGCACCGGAGGUCUUUGAGCGGCGGUGGUAUACCACCCAGGCAGACAUGUGGAGCCUUGGAAUCGUCUUGUACGCGCUUCUGUCAGCCCGGUUCCCUGAAACAGACUCUAAAACCGGCAUGGUGGUUACCACUGCUCCUGAAGCCCUGUUCAGGAGCAGGCUAUGGGGAACGGUGUCAGCAGCUGCUAAGGAUUUGGUUCUCCAGCUUCUCUCGUACGACCCUGUGGUGCGGCCCACAUGUGAGGGGGUGCUGAGGCACUCGUGGGUUCAGCAGGGCAAAGGUGAACAGGCACAGAGAUUUGCGCACGGGGGAAUCCAGACUGGAAGGGGAGCUAGCCAAAGCGCGGUGCUGUCGUCGUCACUUGCUGGCCGUCCCGUCACCCCACCUGUGCCACAGCCGAGGGUGUGCCCCAUGAUUCCGCCUCCGCCUGUGGGCCCGGCUGAAAGUCGAUCUAGGUCGAUCUGGAAUUCAGGAAUUACCCCUUCAGGAGCGCAAGCAGCUGGGGUGACAGACCGGGACUACGAGCAAUGCACGCCCAGCGUCCUUGGCCCAUGGUUGCAACAGCCUGCACACAACCCUCCGUCGUGCUCCACAUUUAAUUCUUUCCUGCCACCAUCAGUAAAUAAUAGGUGUAGAGCUGGUAAGAAGAGCGGGUCUCGCCUCAAGCCGAUGUACUCACCACUGCUUUUGCCGUUCAGGCUGAUAUCGUUUGGGAGCAAAGGCAACCGAUAAAGGUGUGUGAAUGAUAGGAUCAACUAGUGAUACCGUACCAGCUAGUCAUGUGCAUGCGUUCAUCCAUACUGUAGCUAUCAAGAUCCCCAUAUUCAUAUUGCAUGAUGCGGGUAAAGAGAUGUUAGACUGUCAUGUACAGCUGCACG